AUGUGGGAGAAUAAUAACGUGAUAAGGGUGGAUGUGAUAAAUGGAGAUGAGGAAGCGGAAGGUGAUGAGAGAUGUUGGGAGGCAUGUGGUGGCAAUGGUGGCGAUGGCGAUGGUGUUGGUGAUGGUGAUGGUGGUGGAUUGUGGGAGGUGGAUGGGGAGAGCACGAGGUUGCUGAAGAAGGAGCUAAGUCCUCGCGGCGCCGUUGGCGGUUGCAGCACCCCCGGCAGUAGAGUGGAUCCCUGGUGGAAUCCUGGUCCCCUCUUCCCAUCAGCCACCACGCCAGGACCACCAAGGAUCGACGAGGGGCAACCAGGAAGUCACAGCAUCAGUAACACGAGCAAUAAUCAAUAUUUAUCGUCACCAUCGGGUUAUAAUAGUAGCAACAAUAACAACGAGCAGCAGACAAACAGGAACUUGACGUCGCCGUACAGUGUCGCCUCGGCGACGAGUCCCUCUACCUCAUCGCCAACGUUCGGUCAGGUGGACUCGUUGUCAAGGUGUUCGGAUGCUGUGGGAAGUAAUCAAAAUAAUUCAAAUCUGUCUGACAACGUGCUGUCCAAUCUGCUGACACCCAAGUCUGGGGAUUCCUCGCAUCUGGUACCUCAGGGUGUUGAGCACACUGUGCAAUCGAACGGCACUGUUUUGGCGACACUCUUGUCGACUGCAUCGAGCAGUCUAGAGUACACAACGUCACCCAACUCCACGACAGGAUCAUCAGGGAUAAGGAACACUCAGACAGCCAAUAUCGCUGCAUCGUCACCCUCAUCCUCAACCUCGUCACGUGAUUCAUUGACUGGAAUACUGUCGUCUCUCAACGUUAAGAUCAAAUCCGAGGAUCAGGGACGUCGUGACGAGUCCUCGGGCUUCUGCACAUCCCUGUUGAGCUCUCUUCUAUCGACAUCGCGUAUAUCGACGACGAGGAAUUUAGAGGAGGAGUCGACGGAGCAGCAGAUCGACGAAGCAAGUAUCAAGGUUGAAUAUUCACUCAGUGCAACAUCACCGUGCAGCAACGUAUUGGAGGCAUCUGAGGAGGAUCUCGUCGCAACGUCACCGUACGAUAUUAUCAGCACAAGUGGGAGGUGCAUAAAGCAGGGAACUGGGGCCUGUCGUAGCCGAGUAUCACCAACAUCGGAAAUAGCCAUUGACAUGAAGUACGAGACACAAACGGGUCCACCACCGGGACCACCUCACUUGACAUCAACUGGUGUUGAACCACCGCACAGCAGUCAAGGGAGUGGCAUGGUAAUUGGCGCAUCACCUGGUGAAGUUGUCGGAGUUGACAGUCUUUUACUGCCUUGGGGCACGACGGGCUCGGAUUUUCUCGAGCCACCGGAUGUCAAGCAGACAGCUGGAGGCAUUCAAGAUGCCUGGGAUACACUUCUUCUUGGCUCGUCUGUUGGUGUUGCAUCGGCACAAUCACUCGCCGAAUUGAAACCCCUACCACCGUUCACGGGAUACACUGGACAUCUCAGUAUCAAUGGCAUUCCUGGUCAUCAUUAUCACACAAUAGCCUCCUCGGCGCAGCGACCAACUAUGCAGUCCUCUUCGUCACCGACUCCCUCCUCCAAUCAAGAGUAUUAUGAGUCAUCCGUUGUUUCCUCCAGUACACCAUGUCCUCAGGCCAGUCAAAAGCAACACCAUCAUCAUCAGCAGCAGCAGCAGCAGCAGCAGCAGCAUCAACAGCAACAGCAUCAUCAUCAACCCCAACAAUUACCCCAAUCAACCCAACAGGUUGACUACGAUAUCGAGGAUAUUGCUGAGAUUAUUGGCUCGGCAAUCGCUGAUACUACUGUACCUGGAAGUAAUAAUGGACCUGGCUCUGAGCACGAUCCAGAUGCAUCGAGAGACUGGAUUGACAUUGCUGAAUGGAUCAACACAGCGUGCUCGCCCAAGGGCCACGAGACAUCAUCGCCGAGUCCCUAUUCACAAAUGUACACAUCGACAAAUCCUGGGGGUCAGACACACCAGCACGGAUCAACACUCCAGAGCCUAUUAACCACUGGCUAUGCACCACUGCUACAAGCAAGACUCCAGGCUGGUAAUACAAAUAUGCAGAAUGCCUCGUGCGGUGAAACUCCAUCAUCAACGAGUCCUUAUCCACCUGUUAGUCCACCUGGUAGAGUAUCAACGUCGUGCAGUCCUGAUCACUUGCUCCACUCGUCAUUCCCAGCGCCAUCACAUCCGAGAAAAAGAUCUCGGCCAAAUCCGUCCAAUCAAAAUCCCUCGAAGAAGAGCCCAGCGACAUCAGCUCUCGCUUAUGGCACUGAAUCUGGACUCAUUGGGGGAAAAGAAAAGCCCGUCCACAGGUGUUCAAUUUGCAAUCGGGGAUUUCUCAAUAAAAGCAAUAUCAAGGUUCAUCUUAGAACGCACACUGGUGAGAAACCAUUCAGGUGUGAGGUGUGUGGUAAGGCAUUCAGGCAAAAGGCUCAUCUCAUCAAGCAUCAGCAAAUUCACAAGAGAAUCGGUAGGGAUUAAUGAAUAAUCGGUGAUUAUUACUGUGCGUUCGCGCUUCAUGAGCUUUAGACAUACCCCAUCUGGGGCAUUGAUAUCCAGAAUGAGCCCAGCUUCAUCUGGAUGAUACACCGUUUUUGAAUUUGAUUGUGCGAGGUACUACCGCAGAGUGUGAUACACAUUCAGGGCGCAACCAGGGUAUGAAACCUUGAGGAAAAUAUAUUAAAUAAACGCUGCGGAUAGAAAGGCUAAUGAGUGUUUGCAACAAAUGUGAGUGUCAGUAUGUGUUAUUGUAAAGAGAUAUGAAUACGCGAGUGUUCCAUCGUCGUUUGCUCUCCACCGAGAGACUGUCGUGUACAUAAUUUUUCGAUUAAUUCAACGUACUUCGAGAGAUGGUUACCAUGUUACGGUGAUUAUUAAUGGAGAAUUAAAUACAUGUUUCAUGGAAAAUCGACAAGUGAAUUUUUUCAUAAUACGGGAUAACGCGAUAGAUAAAGGCCUCACAAGUGAUUUGGUAGGAUCCCAACUGAUGUACCUAAAGAGUUCCUCACGUGCUUGAAUAUAGUUUUAUCCUAGUUGUUAGAUAUUCUGUACUUUAAUCUAUGAUAUUUGUAUUUUAAAUGGACAUCUUUAAAAGUCCUCUCCCCCGAAUUCCACACCCAAUUCACCACUUCACGGCAACUUGUUACAUUAUUAUUUAUUUUUGUCACUUUUCUUCCCCUCGGUACUUGUUCUUCUUCUAUUGUAAAAUAGCUCAUUACUCAAUUCUAAACUUAUUUUACCCUUUUGCCUUUCCGUAACUGUUAUUGCAUUUUUUUUUCCAUCGUAAUUUCUUUUGAUUACUAUCGGUUAUCAAAUGAAAUUUAAUGAAAAAUCUUUUACACUGCAACAAAUGCAACAAAUGCAA